AAAUCGUGCAUUUGGAGUCUCUGUGCAGCUACGCGGCGCUUGAGAUAGACAGGCGAGCUGACAUGCUGCAGACUUACAUGCACAAGCACAUGGAGUCGGGCAUUCGCGACGGCGACUUCUCUACAUUGUCAGUCGAGUACUAUCUGCUGCCAAACUACGGACGGCGAGGGACGCAGUUUUCGGGCCACAACUGUCUGGAGGUUGAUACUCCCUGCUGUCAUCCUCGUCUGCUUGUCAUGAAGCUUGAGACGUGCAAUCUAUGGAAUGCGGGAAAGUUUCCCAUGCUGAAGCUGUUCGUGGAGCGCCACAAGGCAUGGCAUUCGUGCCUACAGGAGUACACGGAGGUCUCCGCCGAGGAUGACAAGCUGGAGUUGAUCCGAAUCUUCUACGGAGGCAAGCCGAGCACAGAGAUUCCCUUUCUCCUGAAGCUAUGCGACGGAAGU